AGAAAUAAAAUGGUAAAACAUAGUGCUUCUAGGAAAAAAUACUUUGCACACACAUACAGGCUACAAUCCUACAUAUUUUGCUUUGGAAGAAAUCCUAUAGCAUAUAAGAGGGUUUACAUUUGGGUAGAUCUUUGUACUGUGGUUUUUUCCCUUUCUUUCUACAGAAAAGGAGCAAUGACAACUUCUGUAUUUGCAUUUUUUUUCCUCUGUGGGCUAGCCAGUAAUUAUCUAAAUAUAAAAAAUGAGAUUUGGGCUGGAAAAAACAACUAUGUUUGUGGCUUGACAAAAACACAAUCCCCUAGUUUCUUACUGAUGGUUAUCAACAACCAGCAGAAAAUAGCACAUUAAAAAUAAAGGGUGACACAAAGACAGUAAGAAAUUACCGGUAUUAGUUAUUCCACACACAUCUUUUUCUUUGUGCAUCAAAAAUGGCUACAGCUAUGGACAGGUCAUUAAAUGAAGUAACCCAAUAUGAGAACUAAAAAAUAUUUUUAGCUAGCAGGACUCUGGAGGUGACAAAACUCAAAAGUGGGUAUGUAUCUUCCCUGCAUCUUCAUACAGUAGUAACAAAGUAGUAGCAAACAUGAAAUUGUCUCUUCUAUGUAUCCUCAUGUGUGAGGGACACCUGUCCCUCUAAUAUAAUCUUAUCAAGUUUUCAUUACUGGAUGUGUGUGUGUGUGAGAGAGAGAGCCCUGGAUUUGACUAUAAAAUGUCCCAACCCCAGCAUUUAUCCUGCACACUCUGCUUGGACUUCUGGUGAUCGGUUUUCCUGAUUCCAUCUACUUUUAAACUGGAACCUUAGAAAUCCAAUCUUAAACUACUACUACAAGGAAAGGAGAGUUCUGUAAUCACUUGAACGUGGGGAGCGGAGAACACGUGUCCGGUUGGGAGGUACCAAUCUUCUCGCACAGAACCAACUCCUUUCAUGACCUGCCAUCUCUACGGCGCAUUUCUUCACCGUGACAGCUGGGUGACCCAUCAGAGCCACGCUCCAUUUAAGCCCCAAAUGCUACGAAGGAAGGCUGUUCUCCAACACUUCGUUUUCAAUGCUCUCGCAUUACCCGUCGCGAACCUCUCUCUCUCUCACCUUUCAGAGCGCCCAGGAGCGGCUCUUUCCCACUCAUCCUAGUGUGCUUUGCUCGGCUCUGCUUUCCCCAGACUCCGGAUCAGCCCAAGAGUCCCGGAUUCAGGCUCCGUUCCCGCCUCCGCCCGAUGGAAACUGUCCGAGAGUGACUUUUCUUCGUCCAAACACCCGGCUGCAGGCAAAACUCUGGAAGGCCAUACAGAUGAGAACAGUCGUGGUUGGGAGUCCAAGGGAAGAUGGAAUAAUAUCCAUAACUACAACUGCAGAGGAAGCGGAAGAGCCUAAAACUCUGCAGUUUUCAGUUCCAAGGGAAGGUGUUUCCUUGAAACCCGGAGAACCUCACUGGGCUAAUUAUGUAAAAGGGGUUAUCCAGCAUUACAAAGCUGGCCCUCUCCCAGGCUUUGAUGUUGUGAUAGAGAGUAAUGUACCAAUAGGUGGUGGUCUCUCAAGUUCAGCCUCCUUAGAAGUGGCCAUGUACACCUUCCUGCAGCAACUCUCUCCUGAUGACAGGGAUCCAGUUAAUAAGGCACUGGUGUGCCAGAAAGCGGAACACACCUUUGCAAUGAUGCCUUGUGGUAUCAUGGACCAAUUUAUCUCCGUGAUGGGGAAGGAAGGACAUGCCUUGCUGAUAGACUGCAGGUCCUUGGAAACUCGCCUGGUCCCUUUGACUGACCCAGACUUAGUUGUUCUCAUCACCAACUCCAAUGUACGACAUACUUUGACAGGCAGCGAGUAUCCCACACGUCGGCGUCAGUGCGAAGAGGCAGCGAAGAUGCUGGGAAAGGCAAGCCUGAGAGAAGCCAGCAUGUCAGACUUAGAGGAGUCCAGGAGCCUCCUGAGUAAGGAGAUGUACAGGCGAGCCAGGCAUGUGAUCGGAGAGAUUGAACGCACAUCUAGGGCAGCCGAGGCCCUGGAGGCCAAGGAUUAUAAGAGGUUUGGAAAGCUGAUGGUAGAGAGCCACAAUUCCUUACGGGAUGACUAUGAAGUUAGUUGUCCAGAACUAGAUGAACUGGUAGCUGCUGCCAUGGAAGUUCCUGGAGUUUAUGGUAGCAGAAUGACUGGUGGCGGUUUUGGAGGUUGCACUGUCACUCUUCUUGAAUCUGGAGCCGCAGAAAAAGUUCUGAAACAUAUCAAGGAGAAAUACAGCAGGACAGUGACAUUCUAUUUCACAAAACCCGCUGAUGGAUCUAAAGCACACCUCCUGUCUUGAAAACUCUUCCAGCUGGUCUGUAGCAUUCACUAAGAAAAGUGAUAAGAAAAGCAUGACGCUUGGGGACAGCUUCCCUGGGACAUUAUUCGCUUGGAGCAAAGAUUUGACUUCUUCCAUAAAAGAAGUAAAGUAAGUGAAAACCUGCAUGUACACACAGGUGUUUUUUUCUUUUAGCCAAGAGCCCAAAAGGGAUUUUUGUCUGAUUUAUAAGACGGUUUGGUGCACACGAUUUCUUUUUCAGUGAAACACUGUGAUGAGUUUGGUUAAACGCUCUUGAUUUUUGCAUACAGUUUUCUGUGAUAAGUUCCUUCAACAACCUGGAUGGAAAUACUGAGGCUGAGAAAGUCUGGCGUAAACUCCACAGCUCCAAAACAAUUCCUUUUUAUUUUCCCAAGCAGAGACUAAUCAUGGAAAUAGGCUUUCUGCUUUACAUUGUGCUCUAAAUAUUGCUUCUAUCCUUUCUUUCCUGCUUAUCCAUUUAUGAGCCAUCUCCCAGUAAUGAAUUAUCCACUAAACAUAUCUUGAAUAGAGCCACUUUGUGAUGAGUUUCUCUAUUGCAUUUGAUAUUAUCAUUAGUUACUGUCAAGGAUGGGCUAAUGCGAGAUAAUACCCCCAACCCAUAUAAUUGGUAUAGCUAGGUGUUGUGGUAGUGACAACUGUAGUCAGUUACACUGAAGUCAAAAUAAAAGAAGCAUCAUAAUAUCUAUGAGAUAAAAUGAUUGUAAUGCAAAGAUGUAAGAUGUGUUGUUUGUAUGAUGUCAUGAUUCAUUUAUCAUUUGUCUCUCCUCUCUCUGCCCCAACUCUGAUCCAGUGGACAUACAUAAUCUAAAUUAAAGAAAAUUUACAGUAAUGAUAGCUUUUCUGUCAACUUUCAAAACGACUUCGGCUGAAGCCAUAUUUCCUUUUCUUCAUUUCUUACAUGCCACAUAUAUGGGAGGGGAGGGGGAUCUACAGGAUGUGGGAUAUUUUCCUCCAUUGUGGCCAGACAUAACAGCAAUAAGAUCCAUGUGAAUGUGAACCAAGGUCAUCUCAGCGAGCGCCUGAGGGAGCAGCCGAACAGCCUGCCAUCUACCUGAUUGGUUAAUGUGACCUGUGACAUAAAGGGGGAGAGGAUUGAUGUCUAUUCUUUCUUCUGGGUUUCAUUUAGAGUUGGUUUCACAUUUCAAUGUGCCGAUAUGAUGUGCCCAAUAAAAUGGAUCUUUGAGAAAAGCUACAGCUUCAGAAUCCUGACUUGAUUGGGACCCUUACUCGCAACCAUGACACUUUCUUUCAAUGAAAUGAAUGAUUGUCACCUUAAAGUAAUUGGCUGUGUUCCCUUGUAUGAAACCUUCAUGUGGUUAAUUGAUUUUCAUUUUAGUGUGAUUGUGAUCCAGCCGUGAUUUGUAAAGCUCAGUUUAUUGUACCAAUGUUAUGCAUAAACACAAUGUCUUAAUAAACCAGGGUUAAACAUGUCAUGGAUUAGUAAUAUGUAAACCAGCCAAUACUUGUUUAACAUCAACUGUUCGCUAGCCAGAUUUUAAAUUAUUAAAUUUGUUAAUUAUUUAAUUAAAUUUGUACAAGAUCUGCAUUGUUGCCCUCAUUAGCAGUCAAGCUGGGUUUUUUUUUUUACACAUAGCAUAUUUGAAAAUUUAAAAAAACCAGCUGCGAUCAUAGAGAAAAUGUUUAUUAA